AUGAGUAUGGAGCGCAACAUUGGUCCCCCCAAGCGUCGAACGCCCCCGAUGAGUACCAUGCCCCUGGAUGCCAUGAACUCCCACUAUGGCCAGUACGGCGAUCCACCCCUUUAUCACAACAACUAUCAGCCCGACUACUAUCAGCCCGACUACCAUCAGCCCGACUACUACCAACCCGACUACUAUCAGCCCGACCACUAUCAGCCCGACCACUAUCAGCCCGACUACUAUCAGCAGCCACCCAGUUCCCAUGCCCGAUCCCCGCGAAGGCAUGCGACCCCGAAGAGGACGAAACUUGCGAUCUUCCAAGGCUCUGUUGGUCGUCGUCGAUCUGCGUCACCAAGGAAGCGAUCACCGAAGCGCAGAGAAGGCAAGGUCAUGCCCAACCCUCGUGCAGAAUUCGAUGCAAGCGGUGAACAGGAAGUUCACGUUGGGCAUUCCUUCUCCAAGGUCAAUAGCACUGGGCGAACUGCCGGCUGUCGCAAAGCGGAAGGCGAGUACUGCGUCGAAACCGAUAAGAACGGCGUGGUUCGUGGCGGGGGGAAUGGCGAAAACUCUACCGGUAUUCAUGAGCGUGGGGUGGUCACUCUCCGGGCAGCUUCUCACGAAGGCAUAGAGAUCCGUGUGAUACGGCGGAAGCUACAAAGUACUGGAGAGAUGACCCGUGAGUUCACCUUGAAGGUCAAAAGCGUCGGCAACGACGAUAACGGAUCUUUCAUCGAUGCGAUCGACCACGAGACCGACUUGAGUACUUUGGUCAACAUCGCCACUCUCGAGCGCGUCAGAAAAGUCGUCGCUCCAAACACCGAUGAGGCUGACGACAAUGAUACCGCCUAG